GAGGUACUGUCGGAGGGAGGCGUCGUACCCGUGUUGAUGGGCAUCGAAGUUUCGCUGGGCCCGGAUUCAAAAUGGUGUUGAACAACGCUCCUGCUGCCAAUGGCGGAGGAUGGAGAUCAAGUCAAGCAGGUGCUGCUCGCUCAAACUGGAACUCCUCCAACAACAACCCCAUGGGCGGGCAAUGGAGGACCACCGCCAACCCCUCAAAUGUCACCACCGGAAUACAGAAGAUGACAUUAGGCUCUAACGCUUCUACCACCUCACGCUCCACAGCCUAUGGGCGCUCCGGCGGCCCCGUUAUCGCGAGCUACUCCAAAAGCACCACUGGGGAUAUUAUAAAUGCACCUCACUUCGAGCCUCUCGGUGACCCAACCAUUCCUGUCGGUCACGCAGACCGUACCGAGUCUACUAUAGGCCCUGCUUCUACCAAGAACCGAUACAUGGUUGUGAUCGCGAGAUUCCCAGACCAUUUGUUCGCCUGCCCCCUCUAUAGCCACUCUGGUCGUGGCAUCGGGCACAAGGCUGCGGAUGUACGCGCUAAUCACAUAGCAAUGAAGAUGCAAAACGAUACAUCGGACAGCUCUAAUAAUCAGACGCCGUAUGAGCCGCUGGAAGUGCGUUAUGCAUGGAAUAAUUUCACGCUAAAGAGUACAUCCAAUGCGCAUCUCAUGGCGCCCGUUGCGGUGAGCUAUAUUAAUGUUAACGAUAUCUCAGGACAGCUUACUGUAGAGAGCUGUGAGUCAUUGGCGGAGACUUUCAAGAAGCUUAUGGUGAAGGCCAUUGAAGAUUCUCUUGAUUAGGUGAGUAGGUAACGUCUAGUAUCGUCGAAGGUGUUUUUGUAGCUUUUCGCUCACCCUUCCUCACCCGCUGCAGCGCAGUCUCGGAUGUACUGUAUCUUGCCGGAAGCUCAAGCUGGUUUCUAGAUUGGAAUCUCUACCGUUAC